AUGGCUAAUCUGUGUCUCUUUUCUUAUCUCUCUUGCUCUCUCUGUCUUUGUUCCUUUUUUUCUCUCUCUCUGUUCCUUUUUUUCUCUCUCUCUGUUCCUUUUUUCUCUCUCUCUCUCUCUCUGUUCCUUUUUUCUCUCUGUUCUUUUUUUCUCUCUGUUUUUUUUUUCUCUCUCUCUCUCUCUCUCUUCCUUUUUUUCUCUCUCUCUCUCUGUUCCUUUUUUUUCUCUCUCUGUUCUUUUUUCUUUCCUUUUUCUUUUUCUUUCUCUCUCUCUGUUCCUUUUUUUCUCUCUCUCUCUGUUCCUUUUUUUCUCUCUCUCUCUCUCUGUUCCUUUUUUUCUCUCUCUCUCUCUCUGUUCCUCUCUCUCUCUCUCUCUCUGUUCCUUUCUCUCUCUCUCUCUCUCUCUGUUCCUUUCUCUCUGUCUCUGUCUCUCUGUUCCUUUCUCUCUGUCUCUGUCACUCUGUUUAUUUUUCUCUCUCUUUGUUCAUUUCUCUCUCUCUCUCUCUUCAUUUCUCUCUCUCUUUGUUCUUCUCUCCUAUCCCUCUUUCUGUUCUCUCUCUCUGUCUCUGUUCUUUUCUCUCUCUCUCUUUGUCUUUUCUCUUUCUAUCUCUUUCUUCUUCUUUUUCUCUCUCCCUAUCGUUUUCUCUACAUCUGUCACUCUAUCUUUCUGUAUUGGCCUUUCUCUCACUUUUCCUUUCGGGUUUUGUUGGAGCUUAUAUUUUCAUAA